AUGGCGGCCUGGCGCUUCUGCCUCCUGGCUUUGCACGUGGCCGCAGCUGCCUGGAGGGACGGUCUGUGCUCCGCCAUUAAAGGGAACACCUGCGUUGUGACCGGGAAUCGCAGCAUUCCACGGGAGCAGAAAGUGCGAUGGUCUGGCAACGUGGAAUUUCGCGGGGCUUGGUGGCUUUGCUCUUCUCGCAUCGGCAACUACGACAGCGUGCGCAUUGACAUCGCCAUCCCAGGGACCCUAAGUCUCUUGGAAGGAUCGCUCCUGCACUGUGGGACUGUGUCCAUCCAAGCGCGUACCGUCAUCAUCUCGGACACCUCCGAGAUCAGUACCAACGGCACAUCUCACAACCCCGAGCCCACCAACGUAGCCAGCGACGUGGCUUCGAAGCUUUGGUCCUCGGCCCAGCGAGGUGCCUCCCAUGGUGGCCUCGGAGGGACCGUCGCCGGCUGUUCGGGCGAGGAUGCGCAGCUGCAGAAGCGGCUAUCGCUGGUCUAUGGUGACCCGUUUGCGCCCUGGCAGUUUGGAAGAUCUGCAGGCGGAGGGAGUGGGAAGCGCUCCCCCGGCGGGGGGCGCCUCCGGGUCAUCUCGGAGAGCUUGGUGCUCAACGGCACGCUUUCGGCAUCGGGCAUUGCACCGGAUGAUGCAGAUGACGACGAUGAGGGGCCAGCGUGUGGUUCUGGAGGAUCCAUAUGGAUAUCCAGCAGCAUCAUCUCGCAACCUUCCAGCCCGCCCGCAGCAGUUGGGAACACCGGCGAAGUGGACUUCGUGGAAGACCUGGGCUCGGGUGCCUCCUCGGUCCAGAAGGGACGCGUGCUCGCCGUCGGCGGCUGCUGCCGCCGCUGCCUCUGUGGCGGCGGUGGGCGCGUUCUCACCGAGGUUUCUUCCGGUACGAUCCCACGGAAUGUGAUCGUGGCUGGUGGCUGCUUCCGGGACGCCCUGAAGAUGGAUGGAGAGGGCUGCCGCUGCGGCUCUGCGGGCACGUGGACCUUCCAUGUGGGGGCAACGCCAGGAGUGGGCAAGCGCCGCCGCUUGACAACGCCCUCAAGGCACAGUUGGAAUCCCUUUUGCAAAGACAAGCACGCGACGUCACAGCAGAGCAUCGGUGGUUCAGUCUACACGGUCCGGGUCGACAACUCCUAUGCCGUGCACUUGGCAGGUGCGAAGCUGCCUCAGCCGACGCCGCUACCGGUAUUUCCCGCCCCGAUUGCGCUCCAGGUCAAUGAUGCCCUGGUGGUGCCUUCGGAUCAGGAUGCCACCUGGCCACUGGCGGGACUGGCGCUGUUGUCUGACCAGACCGGCUCCACACUCAAGCACCUCGGGGCAGGGCCGCUCCUCCUGAAUUUCAGCCAGGAGAACGACGGCCUCGAGUUGGCCUUCUCCUCGAUCAUCCAGGCCCGUGAGAUCCGCAUCAUCGGCGCGAAGCACAUCACUCUCCGUCAGAAUGCCGCCAUCGAUGCCUCGGUGGCUUCGCUUGAGGCAUCGGAGGAAAUCAACGCUCACCAGGGGGCGCUCGGCCAGGGGGAGGGGAUCUUCAGCCUCCGAGCCCAGCGGGUGCUGCUGGGCAGCGGGCGGCUGCGGGCGGCCUCCAUCGUCGUGGAGCAGGACCUCGUCUUGAAGCGAGGAAGCCGGCUGCAGUCAAGCCAGCGGCGUUGCGACCAGUUGCCCACCGCGCUGACAGAUCCUUGUGGCACGCUCUUGGCAGCAAUGCCGUUCCAGAACCAGACGCUUGCAGACAAUGUCAGCUUCGACAUCGUGCUUGCAAGCAGGCAAGGCAGCAUCGUGGUGGAGGAGGAUGCCGAAAUGUACGCUGGCGCCUUCCUCCUCUGUGGCACCUCGAACAUAAGCGUGCGCGGCCUGGUCAGUGCGCACGGCCUGGGCUGCGCCCCCAAUCGUGGGGAGGGCUUCGGCGCGGCACCGCAGCAGGAGAACACGCAGCGGAUGAAGCGCAGUGCAGAGGGGGUCUGCGGCGGGGGAGGUGGAGGACACUGCGGCAACGGCGGGGACGGCGUGAGCAACCGAACUCGGCAGCGAUGUGCCGGAACAGGAGGCCUGAAGUACGAUGGCUGGUGGACGUCCGAAGUCGCCCGAAGUGCCAAGCCCUCGAGACUUCCGAGCUGGUCUGCAAGCGGCGGUGGUGGAAACACUGCCGGGGCAGGGGGAGGGAUCAUCUGGAUCCGGGCAGCUGUGUUGGAGAUGCCAUCCAACAGCACCAGCAUCUCCGCCAGCGGGGAGGAUGCAUCCUGCUGGGCCGACGGGGGCCAUGAGGGUUCCGGCGGUGGCGCCGGUGGCACUGUCAUCAUCAAUGCAACGGUCAUCAAUGGCAGUGGCAUGAUCAAGGCAGCUGGCGGCAGAGGAGGCGGCUGCGUAGGAGGUGGUGGUGGCGGCGGAGCCAUCGGCAGCGCUGGCCCGAAUGCUUCCGAGGCUUGGGCAGCCUUCACCGGCAGCCUGGAUGUCCAGGGGGGCAGCGGCGAUCUGUCACCGUUCUGCGGACGCCUGGUGGGCCAGAGGGGCUGUGCUGGCGAGCUACUGCAACUGGGAGUUUGCCGUCCCGGCCAUGCCGGCAUCUACUGUGCCGAGUGUCCGGCAGGUACCUACAACCCGCCACAGAUUCCAGAGAAUCUUACCGCUUUGUUUCGCAUGUGCCUGCCAUGCAAGAACAAGCCGACGCAGGGCUACUACACAACCACCGGCUGGCUCAACGAGUCUUGCCCCUACGCAUGCCCAUCCGGCUUCCCUCCAGUGGAGGUGAAUCCGGACUGUGAUGAUCCCUGGAGCUACUACUUCGCCUUCUUCGGCGGUGUUUGGGGCGUCGUAGUCUUGAUCCUGCUGAUGGCGGUUUCCUUCGGCCUCCUCAUCUCCGCGAAGCGGGUCCAGACGCGCCGACGCCUGCAGUGGCUGCAGAAGCAGAGGCACACAGGACGCCAAUUCCUGGGGAUGAACGACGAAGCCAUGCUGCUUUUCGAGUCCUUGCGGGGGAGGCACCCCCUUGCAGAUCUUGACAUUGGUGGAGAUGGUGCUGUCCACACGAAUGUGGACGCCGUGAACAGCCUCCGCAGCCGAACUGUGGGCGAAUCGCGACCGAGAUGGUUUCUGGGCUAUGUCGCGAGCAUCUGGCGAAAGAUUCGCCAGCGCAACCGUCGAGGCUCAGACAUGAAGGAGGCACACUUGCUGAAUGUCGGCGAUCUGCCUCAUCACACUCAGCGCAUCUACCUGCAAGGAGAGAACUCUCCAAGGGAUCCCUGGCGGCUCUCGGCCCAACCUCCCGAGGAGCUGCGUGGUCUGGUGGACGAGAACCGAUGGGCAGACUUCGCCGCGCAGGUGAAUUUCAGAUGUUUCGUAAGGAUGCGGUCCCAGUUAAUGGCGGAGGGUGUCCUCCGGUGGCUGUAUCUUCCUGUCGCCGAGUACAUCCGGUGGCAUCUUCGAUUCUCCAGAGCCGCAGAUGUUGCAGCAUACGUGUGGUCAUUAAGCGAGGCGACGGGCGCGAAUGAGACCCUCUGGUCCCUGAGCAUCCCGAAUCCAAGUCGCUACGGCUUGAAGUUCGGUACAGAUCGGGAGAUGACCCUCGCCUACGUGGAUGUCUUGGACUACUCCAAAACCCUCGAGGACUGGGCCAUCAAGCCCGAUUUGCCUAUGGUGAUCACGGUCGCCGGGGAUGGGGAAUACACGGCCCCGUACCACUUGGACUACGCAGAUCCUUUCGUGCAGUCUGUGGGCCAGUAUCUGGGACGGCGGAUUUGGCACCAGGUACUUCUGCCUUUUAACCUCCUGGCGCGGCUUCUGCCGCCGAAUCCCACGGAAGAGGACCUUAGACCCCUGUUCAGAUCUAUGCAGCGGGUGUCUUCCCGAGUUCUGCUACAGACGGACAUCGAGUGCCAUGCCGUCCUUUUUGAAUCCUUGGUUCCAAAGACGAGCCACAAAGUUGGACGGAGGAGGCCUGGCCCCGAUGUGACGCCCGUGGGCAGACAAAGCUCCUGGGACAUCCAUGUGGAAGCCGCGAUGCAGAUCGAGCCGAACCGUACCAUUUCGGGCUUGAACAACGAGCUGAAGACACCCUCAGGGAUCUUAACGCCAACACAGCCUGUGGAACACACCAUGCGACGAAGACUAGCGCUGGUACUGACUCAGCGGAGCCAUCAUCCGUCUGCGUCGUCCAGAUUGUCAGCCCCACCAAGCACAGCCAAGCUUCGCGCCGUUAUGCCGGCACCGUUGGCGUGCUUGGUCUCGCCCACCGAGUGCCUCAACUUUGCCCAGCACUCUCCCGGCUUCUGCCCAUCGCCGAUGCCGGAUGUGCCAGAGCUACCGGAGCUGAUAGAGCUGGAACGAGGCGGCUCUUCCACCUACCAGGACUUCGACAGCAUGCUGAGGCCCUGCCUGGGGUGA